CGUCGUCAUUGCUUCAACCCACUCUGUCCAUCACACCACAACAACAUGCUCUUGUCAUCAAACAACACUCGCCUCUCAACAUGACUGCGCCCAAGAGCGUCGAGCAGAUCGUCUCCGAAGCGUCCAACUUCGACCAUGCCGCCAACAUCCCCCUCAACAUGGCCCUGCGUACCGCCCAGAACAUGAUCAGCCAAGCCGCCAACUACGAGCGCGAUGCCAACUUCCAAGACGCCUACUACUUUCUGUACCGUCAUGCCGACUUCUUCUUCACCCACAUCUCCAAACACCCGGAUGCAAAGAAGCCAGAAUACAAGGCUCAAAUGGCUCGCACCCGCGACCAUGUCAAGGCCGAUCUGUCGCGCAUGGAGGCCCUGAAGCCCGAAAUCACAAGCCGCUACCAAAAGUAUCAGGAUGCUGUCAAGAGACAGUCGUUUGUAUUGAGUGCCGCCGAGCACAAAGACAUGGCUCUGCAAUUGGCAAAUCGUGAACUCCGGAGAAGGGCAAAGGAGCCUCGCGACGACAGUGCUGUCAUGGACGAUCUAAGUCGUGGUAUCCAAGACCUAGGCCGACGCAUUGAUGCCCCUCGUCAACAAUCACACCACCCUUCGACUGAACAAGCCUCGUCGCCAUACCAUUACCCUUCGGUGCCAUCUGCUCACGCCAACAUCUCUUCAACGUCGGCCUCGCUCGCACCCAGACGACCUCCAAAGAACCUCCUGCCCAACUACGCCGCGGCUCCACCGCUCCCUGGAAAACCAGAUCAGUCUCUUGAUUCUCCUCCACCAUUACCCUCGAAGCCCGGUGGGCCGGCACCACCACCCGAAUCAGAUCCAUCUCCAACCCAAUCCUACCAAUUCCAACCAGCUGCCUACACCGAAAACGGCACUCCACUACGCACCCUCUUCCUCCCCACCUCGCUACGCACCUCCUUUGUCUCUCUCGCCUCUUCCAAUACAUCCUCCAACCUCGAGACCUGUGGUAUACUCUGCGGCACUAUAAUCUCCAAUGCUCUGUUUAUAUCGCAUCUGGUGAUUCCAGACCAAACAGCCACGUCCGACACUUGCGAAACCACUGAUCAGGGAGAAACAGACUUGUUCGACUACGUGGACAACGAGGGCUUGAUGGUAUGUGGAUGGAUACACACACAUCCGACCCAGACCUGNUUUUUGAGCUCGAGAGACUUGCAUACGAGUGUCGGAUAUCAGGUCAUGCUGCCUGAGAGCGUGGCUAUCGUGUGUGCGCCUAUNCAUGGUAUCUUCCGUCUGACGGAUCCACCGGGCAAACAAGCAGUCUUGAAUUGUCAUAAACCUGGUCUCUUCCAUCCUCACGAUGUGGAUAACCUGUACACUGAUGCCACGAGACCCGGUCAUGUUUCAGAAUUAUCGGGUCUGCAAUUCCAAGUCGUGGACUUGAGAAAAGUGAAGAAG